AUGGGCUGGUUCUGGGCCGAUUCGACCUCAACACCCGCCGCCCCUCAUCCGAUCCCUUCGAAGUCCUCCGCCACACCACCGCCAACAUGUCCCAUGCACAACAAAUCCACCGCAGCGAUGCUUCCUCCACCCGCACCGACACCAGCGACCGAAAGCGCAUGUCCCUAUAAACCACCCACCGAUAACGACUCCCCCUCCUCCUCAACCUCCUCCGCAUCACCCUCCUACAUCUCGAAACUCAACCCUCUAAACUACAUGCCACACUCCAUCUCCAACGUUCGCGAAGCCGCCGAACAAUCCGUCUCCCUCCCUCUCUCCCGCGAAACCUCCACAAUUCCUCGCGGCGACGGCGAAGGAACCUGGGAAUACCCCUCACCACAACAGAUGUACAACGCCAUGCUACGGAAGGGCUACAACGACACACCCGCCGAGCACGUCGAAAGUAUGGUAGCAGUACACAACUUCCUCAACGAAGGCGCAUGGGAUGAGAUCCGAGGUUGGGAAGGACGAUUCAACGCAGGCCUGGCAAAAGGAUGGGAACGAUGCGCGAAAGGAGAGGAAGGCUACGAGCGACAAAUCAUGAUGGAGACAUUACGACGAGGACGAGAUGCGCCGGAAGAGCCAGCACCCAGUCUCGUACGCUUCACCGGCCGACCGAACGAACUCACUCCCAAAGCGAGGAUGAUGUCUGUCAUGAGCAGGAUAUAUCCCAGCGCAUUCCCCGAUAAUCCACCUUUCGAUCGACACGACUGGUUUGUGAGGAGGGUGGCGCCGGAUGGACAGACCAAGGAGGUCAGGUAUGUGAUUGAUUAUUACAGUGGACCACCGGAGCCGACGGGCGAGCCGGUGUUCUUUUUGGAUGUCCGGCCGGCCGUGGAUGGACCGGUGAGUGCAGCGGAGAGGAUGAUGAGGUGGGGUGGGGAUGUGUGGUGGAGAGCGAGUGGAGGGAGUGUAAGGGAGGAGUUGGCGAGGCAGGGGAGGAAGUGA